CCAUCCCGGCCCUGCCAGCACACGCUUUGCUCCUAGUCAAGCUCAAGCACAUGUUCCCGGCAAAAAGGAUCGAUUGGUUCAAGCUAUUCGUCCUCCGCAGUAUUCUGUGUUGUGAUUGGCUGACAUUCUGACCACGCCCCGUUCCACCUCCGCUGCUAUUCGCAGCGCGGCGUUCUGGACGUCACGUCCGGGCUUGUGAGUAACCGGUGUGAGGAUCAUUGUGCUGUUUCGCUGCAUUGCUGCUCGUCAUGUCAUCCCUACUUAAAGUGGACCAGGAGCUCAAGAAAAAGGUUGAUUGCUUCCGAGAGCGAAUAACCAGCGAGGCUGAAGAUCUAGUUGCAAGCUUCUUUCCAAAGAAAUUAUUAGAACUCGAUGGAUUUCUCACGAUAUUAAAUGUUCAAGAUCUCACACAAAUCCAUUCGGAAAUGAAUAUGCCUGUUCCAGAUCCAGUUCUUCUUACAAACAGCCAUGAUGGAUUGGAUGCUCCCACACUGAAAAAGAGGAAACUGGAGGAAGUAGAUGAAAAAUUUCCAGGUACCAAAGUAUUUGUGAUGCCAAAUGGGAUGCUGAAGAGCAAUGCUCAGCUAGUGGAGAUCAUUGAAAAAGUAAAGCCUGAGAUAAGAAUGCUGAUUGAGAAAUGCAACACGGUAAAAAUGUGGGUUCAGCUUUUGAUUCCAAGAAUAGAAGAUGGAAAUAACUUUGGAGUGUCAAUUCAGGAAGAAACUGUAGCAGAGUUGAGAACAGUAGAGAGUGAAGCAGCCUCAUACCUUGACCAGAUAUCCAGAUACUACAUCACUAGAGCAAAACUGGUUUCCAAAAUAGCUAAAUACCCUCAUGUGGAAGAUUACCGACGUACAGUGACUGAAAUAGAUGAAAAAGAGUAUAUCAGCUUACGGCUAAUUAUUUCAGAAUUAAGAAAUCAAUAUGUAACAUUACAUGACAUGAUCCUGAAAAAUAUUGAAAAGAUCAAGAGGCCCAGAAACAGCAAUGCCGAAACGCUGUAUUAAAACAGUGCGUCGUCGUGGAGCCCUCCUUUUUCUCCGUGUUUGGAUUUUUCUUUUUCUUUUUUGAACUGAAGAGAAAUGCAGACCGUCAUUGCCUUGUUUGAACUCGUGACAUUCUCUCCACCAUUAAUGGAAAAAUGUCUGGAUUUUGCAACGUUUGCCAGCUUUAAUUCUAUAUAGAGAGAUUUUCUUCAUUAUAUUUUUUUUUUUUCAAUACGCCAGAUCAGUUAUUGGGUUUGCUGAGAAUACAAGCAACAUCUUGUACUGUGGAGCAAGGUGCUGCAGUCAAUAAUGGCAUUGAACCGCAACUUGCUUUUACCCCCUAUUACAAAAGGACGCUGUAACUGAAUCUCUUGCGCUUGUUAAAGUUUAUCAUAUAGUCCAUAGAAUAGCCAUUUAGCCUCUAAUUCAACGGCUACGGGCAGCUGUAAAACCCCUAGCAAAGAAGCUGUUUACCUCCAGAUGACCAGUGAUUGGUUGCUGUGUGUCAGAUUUUAUGACUUUGGGUUGAGGUUGCCACUUGUCUUUUUUUCGAACUUUCAAGAGCCUGAACUUUUCAUUGUUUUCCCUGAAACCAUUAUAGACAUGUAUGGUGAAUAUACCUUUCAUGGAUGCUAAGGCAUUUUAAGCCCUCAUCACCAGUUACAACUUUUCUUGAAUGUAUUACCAUCUCUCGUGUGUUUUUUUUUAAAAAAGUUAUCCUUGAUGAUUGAGUUCUUCUGUAACUCCGAGUUCUUAAAGAUGUUCCUCCAUAUCCACCUCAUCUGUUCUGCAAACUAGUUUUACAGAAUCGCGAAUAUACUACAGGAAUAAUGAAUCUUUCCUAUGAUGCUGCCAGCCUCAGACUAUUAGUAUGUACCCCACCUUUCCCCAAAUCAUGUCAUCAGUACAUUCUUCAAGCAUUUUCUAUGGGAGAUUACCUCCAGUAGCCCUGGGCAAAGUGUUUGUGGGUGUUUGCCAUAUACCUCGCUUCAAUACAAAUCAAAUGUUGACUCGCAUGUGCACUCAGCUGCUUUUUUGGUUGCAUGUAACUGCGCCUCUAAAUUUCAUAGUAGGGGUGCCAUGUCUUACAAUAUAUGGCCUACAUUAUGUAAGAUUUUUAAGAAUAAGGAGAAGGCCGUUUUUUGUGUCAUAAAGAUACUGAUACACCCAAAAAUUUGUUUUCCACUGAAUAAGUUGGACUCUCCUUUGUCUCAGAAGCUUACUUUAUAUUGGAGGAUAGCACCCAGACUUGGUGGAAGCUAACAACAUAGCCCUCUGCCUCUUAAUUGUGUCAGAAGCACUUCGUUUUGCAACAAGAAAACAUUUGCAGUGUGUAAAGUUAUUUCUUUUCCAAAACACAUCAUGUUUAGCGUGGCACAGGCAAUCUCUGUCCUUGGUUGCUUACAUAUCACACAUUGUAAUGGUUAAAUGGCUUCUUUACUCCAUGUUUGAAAUUGAUUGGAUUGGAUGUCUUGCAGGUAUACUCUGUUACUACGCAUUUUCUUAACACUUCCAGCAGGCUGGAUUAGGAACAUUGCUGCCUGGAGACUAGUCUCUGAAGACGUUGUUUAACGAGACAAUUUAGUAUAGCAUUUAACAAUAGGGCUGGGGCAAAAACCCAACAGACUGGAGAUGGUCUUUACACAUUUUUAGGUCAUUUCUGUGUCCCCUGGUCCAGCUUGAUUGCUUCAGUCAAGAGAAAGAGGCACCAACUCAUGGUAGGUACAGGUGAGCAAGACUAAGUUUUUUUUGGGUGUGUCUGUACACAAAACAAACUUCUGUGUAAAUUGAGCAUAAUGGUACUUCAUCAAAUCCCUGCUCUGCAACCCAUGGCAUCUUAAUCUUUUGGUUGGCAGUCCCAAGAUUUUAUACCUUCUAUGGAUUGUGUCCAUUUGCUACUUACCAGUCUUUGGUUAGCCUUCUUGAUCCUUGAGCAACCUGUAGACAGAAUCUGUAUGUCGCCAGAGGGUUUAAAGAGAUUAUCGGAGGCGGAAGAACCUUAUUUGCAAAAUUGAUGGGCACAAUUUGCAUCAUGGGGCCUAACAUUUGGGACAGUGGUCUUCUCCUUAGUGGUCCUAUGUUUGAUCAGGGCCCACAUUUUUCAUAGCAAGGUUACAAGUAUCUACAUUCUUUGUUGUAUCAAUUUCCCUAUAAAUCCCCAGAGUUGGCAGUUACUCAUGUUUGUGACCCUUCCAUCGCAAAAAAAUUACUUGCAUUGUGGAAGUAAGUCAAAUUGUAACCAAUAUCCAUUACGUAAUUUUAAAUUACUAUUACUAUUGAAAGCGUAAUCUGUCCCUUUAUGUUCUCUGACUCUUGAAAACAUUUCUAAGAAGGAAUUGCAUGGAACUGGACUCUUUGCUGGUGGAAAGGUGGAUUCUGCUUUAAUUAGUUUUUUGAGUCAGAACAAGGAGCACAGAGAGCAGGAACUGUCCAAAAAUGCUUUCAGUAGCAAGUACAUUUAGAAAAGUUUAAAAUGUUUAUUGGAAAGUUGCUUAGAAUUAUAUUUUCUUUCAUAAUAAAACAUUUAGUUAGGGUGAAGUAUAAAAUGUGUUGAGGAAUUAUACCUUGCUUGAAAAUAACUACUAGAUUCAUCAAUUUAGAAGCUCUGAUUGGUGGGACUGGCAAAACAUUAGCGCGAAAGAACAUUUUAAUCUGUUUUUUCCCUCUGCAUUCUGUAAUUGCACCAUGUGACUAUUUUGUAAACCCUACAUUUUACUAUUGAGAGUUCUGUCGCAGUUACUAGAUAUAACAAUUGUGACCUCAUAAACAAGUGCCCUGUAUCCCGCCCCCCAUAUAGUCUGUAGCAUUUAAUUUUUGCUCAGCUGCUCUAGGACACAAUGAUUCCAGCCUGCAUAUCAGUAUGUUUCCCUUCCUUAUCUGAUUGGUUGUAUCCCAGCCUUAAAUUGUAUUUUCUUAUUUUUAUCACUGUCAUUUUGGUUCCUCAUUGUAAAACAAAUGUUCAGGUUUUUUUUCUUCUGCUGAAACAAUGUAUGUAAAAUUUUAAACUUGUCAAGAUAUUAAAAUGUCAAUUGAAUGUG